AUGACGAACGCCUCGACCUCAAAUGGUACCAACGGUACCUCCAAUGGCAACUCCAAUGGCACUGCCAAUGGACACAGCACUUUGAGCACUUUGCCCGGUCCCAACCACGACUACAAAGUAUCGCUUCAGGACAAAGUAAUUGCCAUCACUGGCGCUAAUCAAGGCAUCGGUCUCGGCAUCGCUGAAGUCUGUCUCGUAAACGACGCCGCCUUUGUGUACAGCCUUGAUAUCUCAGAGCCAGCAGAGCAUUUCCAAGCUCUUCUCAAACGUUUCCCUGGAAGAUUGGGGUUUCAGAAGUGUGACGUGACAGCUGAAGAGAGCGUCGCUACUGCUAUUGAUGCUAUAAUUGCCGAGAAGGGCCGCUUUGAUGGAAUGGUUGCCAACGCUGGUGCUACGAAACAUCAACCUGCGCUGGACUUUACAGCUGAACAAGUUGAGAAGCUAUUCCGACUUAACGUGUUUGGCGCGUGGAAUUGUGCGACUGCUGCCGCUAGAGCUUUCAUCAAGCUCGGUUGCAAGGGAAGCAUUGUCUUUACAGCUAGUAUGACAUCUUAUCGACCAAACAGAGCCGCUCCUUCAGCUCCUUAUGGCGCCACAAAGGGUGCUGUGCGCAACAUGACACAUACACUAGCCAUGGAAUGGCAACAAUAUGGCAUCAGAGUCAACAGCAUUUCACCUGGUUUUGUCAAGACUGCUUUGACAUAUUAUGUUGAGACAUCUCCUGACUGGGACACAAAGAUGAAGUACUACGGUGGUAUGCCUCGACUGGCCCUACCGCAGGAGCUUGGUGGUGCUUAUGUGUACUUGUUGAGUGAGACGGCGACUUACACGACUGGUAUUGAUAUCCCUAUUGCUGGAAUUGUGGGGGCUUGGUAA